AUGACUGCUGACCAUGGCCACGGCUCCCAGUGUGCGCGUCUCCCGCCUAACAAUAGCCCGGUUGAGGAUGUGACAAGCACCAACAUUGUCUGUAAUGUCGGCGGCACAAGCGGCAGGGGUGGCAAGUGUCCCGUCAAGGCCGGCGGGACUGUCACUGUCGAGAUGCAUGCGCAAAACGGCGAUCGCAACUGCGCCAACGAAGCCAUCGGCGGCAACCACUUCGGCCCCGUCAUCGUCUACCUCUCCAAGGUCUCAGACGCCUCCACCGCCGACGGCUCCAGCGGCUGGUUCAAGAUCCACGAGAACGGCUGGUCCGCCAAGUCCGGCGCCGCGAAGGCCGACGAGGACAACUGGGGCGUCAAGGACCUGAACGCCUGCUGCGGGCGCAUGGACGUCAAGAUCCCCGCCGACCUCGAGAACGGCGACUACCUGCUGCGCGCCGAGGUCGUCGCCCUGCACGUGGCGUCCCAGCCCAAGGGCGCCCAGUUCUACAUGACCUGCUACCAGAUCACCAUUGCCGGCGGCACGGGCACCAACAAGCCCGCGACGGUCCGGUUCCCCGGCGCCUACGCGGCCACCGACCCCGGCAUCCUGUUCAGCAUCUACCAGCCCACGACGUCGUACAAGAUCCCCGGCCCGGCCGUUGCCAGCGGUGGCAGGAGCAUCGUUGCGGGCCAGGGGUGCAAGAGCGGGUGCGAAGUGACGUGUAAGCCGGGCUCCGGGACGACGGGAACAGCCGUGGCGCCGCCGGCGCCGACGGCGGGCGCCCCGCCUGCGGCAUGCUCGGUGCAGCAGUUUGGACAGUGUGGUGGGCAGGACUACAAGGGGUGUACCGUCUGCGCGUCUCCGUACACGUGUAAGGCCGUGUCGCCGCCUUACUACUCGCAGUGCAGCUGA